CACCUGGGAACCAUCCAGGACCUGCGAGAGUGCGGCGUGGUCGUCGAGGGCGUCAACACGCCCUACCUGUACUUUGGCAUGUGGAAGACCACCUUCGCCUGGCACACGGAGGACAUGGACCUUUACAGCAUCAACUACCUGCACUUCGGGGAGCCCAAAACUUGGUACGUGGUACCGCCAGAGCAUGGCGAGUGCCUGGAGCGCCUGGCCGCCCAGCUGUUCCCGGGCAGUGCCCGCGCCUGUGACGCCUUCCUGCAGCACAAGGUGGCUCUCAUCUCCCCCACUUUCCUCAAGGACAACGGGAUCCCCUUCAGUCGGAUCACUCAGGAGGCCGGCGAGUUCAUGGUGACGUUUCCCUAUGUACACUCUGGUUUCAACCACUGCUUCAACUGCGCAGAAGCCAUCAACUUCGCCACCCCGCGAUGGAUCGAUUAUGGCAAAGUGGCAUCUCAGUGCAGCUGCGGGGAGGCCAGGGUCACCUUCUCCAUGGACGCCUUCGUGCGCAUCCUGCAGCCUGAGCGCUACGAGCUGUGGAAGCGCGGGCAGGACCGGGCUGCUGUGGACCACACGGAGCCCGCCUCGCCGGACAAGGGGGAGCUCAGCGCCUGGAGGGAGUUCUGCGCGGAAUCUCCACCCAGCUGGCAGACAUGGGCCGUCGUCAUCGUCCUGGGAACAGGAGUCACAGGAGUCGACUGCCCGUGCCUGGGCCAAGACUCGCCUGUCUGUGGUCACAGUGCACACAAUCCCAGACCCCGAGGCUGGUCCUGCCCCAGGACAAUGCUGGGUAUCAGAGUCCUGCAAUCUGUCAUCGUGCUAUGGCGUCCGCAGCUCAGAGUCCUUGAACGGCCCCCGGAUCUUGCUUCCUCUGGUCCCUCCCAGUCCUUCCUGGUUGCCUCAGAGGUGCCACCACUUGACACUGUUAACAAUCAUUGGAGAUAUGGGCCAAAGUCGGUUUUCCAAAAUGCUAUAAUGUUUCUGACAGAGCUCUCCCAAAAUGCUGCUGAAAGUUCCUGA